GAUGGCUCGAAUCGAUGUUUCUCCUCCAGUGGAUGUGGUCGUCUUUCGCCGCCUUUGUCGGUUUCAGGCAAGAAUUGUGCCCCAAAGAGGGCGCAAGAGGCCAGGCGACAGCGACCAAAACAAACGGCCUCUCAACUUGUCUCCGACCUUUCCACGGACUUGCCCUCUCCUACCUGUAACUCCCUCCAGUCUCUACCUGUGACCUUCUUUUGCUACAAAACUACUACCCUCUCAAAACAACUCGUAGCACCCUUGUUCUUUGCUCUUGCCGCUUCUGCUGCUUUUACCAUCGACACUCCUGCGAUUAACCAGGCGCCUAGCCCUGAGGGUGAGACCGCCCCACCCUCCGGCAAACACCCUCUCUGCAAGGACGUCUCAUUCAAGAUUGGCGGCAACCAAGGCAAAGUACGCCUUCAAGUCCUACCCUCGGUGAACCCUUGCGAACAUGACCCACUCGCCGACUCUGGAGAAUUCGACCUCGCAGCGGACGGUGUCUACACUUGGUCCAAUCUCAACGUCGCCGCUGGAACUUCUAUCGUAGUCGUCGCGGACGACGACAGUGAUAAUGAAGCCUGGACCGCCACCGUACGUCAGCUCUAA